AAGCCUUAUUUUCUUUUGUUUCUUUGCGGACAAAUACAAAGAAAACUACAACUAGGGUUUUGAAUCUAAUCUUCCAGAGACGAGUACCGUGCGUCCGUGACUUCACUUCUUCGAGCUUCAGCUGCUCAAAUGGCUUCCAAUCCCACCAAGGAUGCUCCCGCUGAUGAGAAAUCAGUUCCAAAGGAGAGCAAGAGUACCUCAGAAAUGGGCUCUGCUACGUCACAGGCUGGACAAACAGGAUCUGCCUCUUCGAUGGGAGCUGGAUUUCUUCCCAAUCCUUUUGAUUUCUCAGCCAUGACAGGGCUUUUAAAUGACCCUUCCAUUAAGGACUUAGCUGAACAGAUAGCAAAUGAUCCUUCAUUCAACCAGAUGGCAGAACAGCUUCAGAAAUCAGUACAAAAUGCAGGAAAUGGUGGUGUUCCUGAUAUUGAUCCACAGGAGUAUAUGUCCACCAUGCAACAGGUUAUGCAGAAUCCUCAAUUUAUGACAAUGGCUGAGCGCCUUGGGAAUGCGUUAAUGCAGGACCCAUCAAUGUCUCAGAUGCUUAACAGUUUGACAAAUCCAGCCGGUAAAGACCAGAUGGAGGAACGAAUGGCCCGACUCAAAGAUGAUGCCGCAUUGAAGCCUAUUUUAGAAGAGAUAGAAACUGGUGGUCCAGCUGCCAUGAUGAGGUACUGGAAUGAUAAGGAUGUUCUGCAGAAGUUGGGAGCAGCAAUGGGUCUCGAAGUUCCAGAAGAUGCAGCCUCCUCUUUUGAAAAUGCAGGUGCUGAUGAAGCAGAAGAAGCAGGAAAUGAAGAUGAGUCGAUUGUUCAUGGCUGUGCAAGUGUUGGGGAUAUUGAGGGUUUGAAAGCAGCGCUAGCUGCUGGCGCUGACAAGGAUGAAGAAGAUUCAGAGGGAAGGACGGCUUUGCAUUUCGCAUGUGGAUACGGUGAGGUGAAAUGUGUCCAAAUCCUUCUCGAGGCUGGAGCAACAGUGGAUGCUUUAGAUAAAAACAAAAACACCGCGCUUCAUUACGCAGCUGGCUAUGGCAGGAAGGACUGUGUAGCACUGUUGUUGGAGAAUGGUGCAGCUGUCACUCUUCAAAACGUGGACGGCAAGACUCCUAUCGAGGUUGCAAAGCUCAACAACCAGAAUGAGGUGGUAAAGUUACUUGAGAAGGAUGCCUUCCUGUAGAUCCGGUGGUAUGCACACAUGGCUCUCUAGUAUAUUGGGCAUGUAGAAGUGUGAGUGUGACCAAUUUGUUUUGAAUCAAAACGAGGAUGUUAUCACUUGUCGACUAUCCUGUAUUACUGCUGUCUGAUUGCUACAUUUUAAGAUUUUAUAGAGGCAUAAGCAAAUCUGACUAUGGAGAUAAAUCUUCUAUUAUGUGGGAUGCAUAUGUAUGCCAUCUCUCGUUUGUAUU